AUGUAUCAACAACAACCAUUCAUUUACCAACCACAUGCUGGAGAUGGUUCCCAAAAUCCAACUCAUUUUGUGCAUCCAUUACCACCACCACCAAACUCCUAUAGCCCUCAAAUUAGUAGCAGUAGUGAAAAAGUACCUGAAACACAAUUUGAAGGUAUGGUUGAUGAGCUUGAUGAAACUACUUUCCCUGCUAAAGGAGAUGGCCAGAAAACCAAAAAACAACGCUUGAAAUGGUGCGAAAAUGACGAUAUAAUUCUUCUCCAGACAUGGCUCAACAUUUCAAAGGAUUCGAUAACAGGAACUGAUCAAAAGGCUGAAACCUUUUGGCGGAGGAUUGAACAUCAAUACAACAAGUACCGCAAAGUAGGUUCUCCUGAGAGGCAAUGGUCUCAACUGAAGUCUCGCUUUCAUACAUUGAGUAAAGCGGUCUCAACUUUUGUCGGUUGCUACAAGAAAGUUACCAACCCUCCGAAGAGCGGCUACUCUGAGAGAGAUAUCAUGGCUGAUGCAUGUUCAUUGUAUAAUGCAAUGGAAAAGACUAAAACAUUCAAUUUUGAGCAUGCAUGGCGGGUGUUGAAAGAUGAACCCAAGUGGAAAGGAGAAGCAAUGUCAAUCUAUUCUCAGCAGUCACAACAUUCUACUGAUGGGGUGCACACAUCAAUCGAUGGUUCAAAACAUGAGGUAGUACAAAUAUUUUCCCGUCCACCGGGUCAGAAAGAUAUGAAGGCAAAGGCAAAGGCUAAGGCAAAGGCAAAGGCUACAACGACUUCCAACAAUGAACAAAAGAUGGCAGAGGCGGAAUCUCUUGUCAAGGAAAAAGAGGAAAGGAUGGCAAGACUUGAGCGUUUAAAGAAGAAUGACCAGCUGAAGAUGUUAAAUGAUAUCCUUUUCCAAGACACAUCUAACAUGAAUGAGGAACAAUUAGCAGAUUUUAAGAACAUAUGUUCUAAUAAUGAUAUCAAUGUGCUAAACCAAUCUGAUGUGUUUACCAAUGUGUUGAAUGGCACACCUCCUGAAGUGCACUACGUGGUGAACAAAACACAAUAUCAUAUGGGUUACUAUCUAGCGGAUGAUGAACGUGAUGGGUAUAAUGGUAAUUUUGUUUACGACCAAGUAGACAAUGCCAUCAUAACCGCUGAAGUAUCUAACGGUCCUAUCCCUUCAUUUGCAACAUUCUUAGAAAGAAGAGGUCAUAUGAGUCAAAGAGAAAUCCAUCGCCAACUUCAAGAAGACUUGGUGGAGCAUAUUUGGGAGCUCUCCGAAAGUAGGAAUAAUGAAAUUUAA